GGGCCAGAAGCAGAGACUCGCGCUUCCGGGUCUGCCUUCCGGAGCGCCCGAGAGGAGGUUCGGAGGCGGCGGAGGGGCGAAGGACGCGUGGCGGGGGAGGCUCGCCCGCCAUGUGAGGGAGGCCCGGGGCCUUCCCGCCGAGGACACGGAUGAAAUGGAGCCUGGGGCGACCUCUUUCCGAGUCGAAUUCCCCGACUUCUGCAACACCGUCUUGCAGAAGCUCAACCAGCAGCGGCAGCAAGGCCAGCUCUGCGACGUUUCUAUCGUGGUCCAGGGCCACCUCUUCCGAGCCCACAAAGCCGUCCUAGCUGCCAGCUCCCCUUACUUUUGCGACCAGGUGCUCCUGAAGAACAGCCGGCGCAUUGUCCUGCCCGACGUCAUGAACCCCAGGGUGUUUGAGAAUAUUCUCCUGUCAACCUACACCGGGCGCCUGGUCAUGCCUGCUCCGGAAAUCGUCAGCUACUUGACGGCCGCCAGCUUCCUGCAGAUGUGGCACGUGGUGGACAAAUGCACAGAGGUGUUGGAAGGAAACCCUUCUGUCCUUUGCCAGAAGCUCAACCGAACCAGUGACCACCAGUCCCCAAGCAGCAGUAACUACCACGGGUUGGUGGAAGGCUUUGAGCUGGGGGCAGCAGGCCAGGCGGACUUCCACAAAGUGCAGGAACUAAGGGACGGGGAAAACGAAGAGGAGAGUUCAAAAGAUGAGCUGUUGUCCCAACUGACCGAACACGAGUAUCUGCCUAGCAAUUCUUCUACAGAACAUGACCGCUUGAGCACCGGCAUGACCAGCCAGGACGGAGAAGAGGGAGUCAGUGAUAGUACAGACUAUCAGUACGCCAGGCCUCUUUACAGCAAGCCCAGCAUCAUGUCUCACAAACGAUGGAUACACGUAAAAACGGAGAAGUUUGUUCAGGACUGUGAAGGAGAGGCAAUGCAUGACUCCUACGACGAGCACCAGGUCUCGGAGUCCGUGAAUGCUGUUCAGUCAGACCACCCUGUUCAGACCAGCAUCGCUGGAGAUCCCCGGGUCAACGAUAGGAAGAUGGAAAUGGAAUUUGGGGAUCCGGCCAACGCAGGCCACUACGACGAGCAAGUCGACUUUUAUGGCUCUUCCAUGGAAGAGUUCUCCGGGGAAAGGAGCGACGGGACUCUAAGCCUUCCGAGAGCAGAGGCUUCAGGUUACGGAGAAAGCUUAGACCUUCCCUCAGGGAUCAAGGAAGAAAACGCCUUGUCUGGCUUUUCCACCACCGACAAACUCUAUCCCUGCCAGUGUGGAAAGAGUUUCACCCACAAAAGCCAGAGGGACCGCCACAUGGGUAUGCACCUCGGUCUCCGGCCUUACGGCUGCGGCGUCUGCGGUAAGAAAUUCAAAAUGAAGCACCACUUGGUGGGCCACAUGAAAAUCCACACGGGCAUCAAACCGUACGAGUGUAACAUUUGCGGGAAAAGGUUCAUGUGGAGAGACAGUUUUCACCGGCACGUCACUUCCUGCACCAAAUCUUACCAAGCCUGCAAAGUAGAACAGAGCACGUCUAAAAUGAACUAAGAGAGAAAAGAAUGGACGGGGAGAGAAAGAAAGGGAGCCGAGCAAACGAUGGCGUGUUGCCCGGCCUUGGAUCUGAUGGAUUAUUUGAACAAGCAGAAUGAUUGUGUCCCACGGCCUGAGGCCUGCUGCUUUUGAGGUGCUUGGUUCCGGGACCCUCUCUUAAAAGUAUUCCUGAGGAUUCCUCUCUUGAGGCGGCAAACAGACCAGCAAGCUAGCAGAAUGGUAUUUUUUUAACAUACUUACAAUCACAGCUAUUUAAUUCGUGCUUUGGGAACAUCCGGGUUCUCUUUAAAAGGAACUCCGAGGGGGCUUCUCGCUUUGGAUUCAUCUCAGCAGAAUUCUGCUCGAUAUUUUAAGGUUCAGCGGGAAUGUCCAUGUGGUGGGGUGGCUGUUUUCUUUGGGGGCGCCCCCGGGUUAGCGGUGUUUGCAUUUAAGCCAGUCAACUAGAAGCGGGAGCGCGUUGAGCAGAGGGCAAGGGAGUGGGUGAUUUUCCCUCCCUUUCUCCAAAAGCACAUGGCGAGAUCAUUUUCAAGUGACAGAGUUAAAAGGGACUUUGGAGGUCUUCUAAAAUGGCCAGGGUUCAGAAAUAAUUACUUAAGUAGAUUCACAAGCAGAUAGCUUUCCUCUUUCUUCGAUUGUUCAAACUGUCUUUGCAGCUGAUGUCUAAUAUAUACGUGUCUGACUUGGUAUAAUGGUAGCCAUGUAACCUAAUCAUCUCUUUUAAUUAAAUAUCCCCCCCCCCCGUUAAAUAUGUUAAAACCUAACAGGUGUUGGGGUUCCCUUGUCCCUUCCUGCUCUCUCCCCAUGGAUAAUCUUUCAGUUUCUCCCAUGAGGCACUUCUUCAGUUGACCACAGGCACUUAACUUAUGGAUGGUCCACCUCAAAUGUCCACCACGAACUCAGCCAUACCCUUCGGUAGGCAUGGCUGGUGCUGACUUGAACCCAACCAGGGAUCUCUUUGCCGACACUGUAACUUGCUAAUGUACAGAAGCACUUUGUAUUUAAAGCAAAACAAAACAAAAAAAGUAUAAUAUUUUUAGAACGUGUAUAUAUAUAUAUAUAUACAUAUAUAUAUAUAUAUUCCCUCUGGUUUAAUUUCUAAUUCAUGUCGUUGGUCUGGUUUUUCUUAUUCGAAAUUUUAUAAGAAUGAGAAGAUUUUUUGUUUACAUAAGGGCGGGUACUGGGUGGGGUGUGUCCUUUGUGGAGGAAAAGUAAGAUCCUAAGGAUCUGUUUUUAAGUUUCGUUUCCAAAAUAAAACAGGAGCAAAAAAAAAAAAAAAAAGAAAGUCACUGCCUUAGAAGAUCCUGGAGGCCUUUUCUCUAAUCUCUCAGAAUCUCCACAUUAUAUAGGCCUGAGGGAAGGCGAGUUCCUGCACAAUGGGAAGGCAUCGAGAGAGGUCUCAAUGGGGAAAUGGAACAGAAAGCUAACACAAAAUAACAGCCACUUUGUUAGUGGGAUUUAAUGCAGAAAGGGAUUGCCUGCACGUAAUUCUCAACUUACAACAGGGACCGAAGUUGCAAGAGCACUGGAAAAAGUGUCAUAUGGCCAUUUUUCACACUUACGACCCCAUGGACACACGUGAUCGGAAUUCAGGAUAUGCCUGUGGACUUUUUAACACAUUGCUAAGAUGCUGAGUAUCUUCAGACAGGAACAGAAGCACCGAACUCUUUGCUGUCAUUUUCAGCAUGGAAUAAAACUUAAGAUAUUUAUUAUCUGCCGGCAAGAAUCCCAGGCAGAAUUUAUGUGCAAUUGAUAACCCUCUCCUCCUUUAGGGCAGAUCCAGAUGGCUGUUGCAAACUAAAAAUGCCCCAAGUAUAGAAAUAGGUUAUUUCCACUUAGGCCAGGAUUCUGUGUGCGCCGCUAAGGGAUAGCAAUAUGUAUUCCCUCUCUUUUGUGGUAAAUUCCAUUUGUGCAUCUUUGUGAUUGACUCUGUCUUGCAACUAAUCCGGAAAAGGGUUUGUGGACGAUUGUCACGUUCGGCGUCCUAUGCAGGGACUAGGGUGGCUUUGUGUGAUAAAACAGUAUGUUUAGUUUUGAACCCGUCUUGCUAACACAACUAAAUUUCUCUAGAAUAUACUUUCCUUUUGCGAGGAAGGAAACACCCCACGAAUUUUACCUGCAGUUCUUUUUUUUUUAUGCAAUUGUCACUUUCUUUCAGAUAUCUGCUGCUAAGAUGCUGGGGUAUCCUUUCCCCUCCAUUCUGGUGCAGUUUGGACAGUAAUCCAUACUGCUUUCCUGCUGAUCUGCAAAAGCAAAACUGCUGGGUUUGGGAAAUCUAUUCUUAUUUCUAAUCCUUGAAGGAUUUUAGAGGUAUUAACCACGGGCACCCUCCCCCCAGUGCUUAAAUAGGUGAUUUCCCUGCACUUUGCUAACGCAGCAUGUUUCACAAAUCCAGGACUGUAAAUAUUAUAUUGCAAAAUUCGCCAUUGGCCUCUUUGUUUUUGUUUUUUUUUUAAAGGGCAUCUAUGUUAAAAUAUGUUGCGGGCGGAUGAUAUUUCUAAACCUGAGAGUCUAUUUAAAAAAAAAAAAAAGAUACUUCUUUUAUCUAGAAUCGUGGAAUACUAAAAGCCUCCAGAAAAGGGUUUGUGCUUGUUUAUUCAAAUAUGGAUGAGUAGAAUUGACAAAUUUAGCUGCUAAGCCCCCAGGGGGAAGGAGGGUUGGAGAAUUUAAAUGCAUAUUAACAUUUUUUAAGUGUUACAUUGACACUUCAAUAUCUCCUCUUCUGGUUUUCUGCCAUGUUUCUAGAAUAAAUGUGAUUGGGGGUUUUUUUUGUUGUUCUUUUUGCAAACAUUUGCCCGUUAAGCGUUGUCACUUAUAAUAUUUAGAACUGAUAUGUACUAUAUUGCAAAGAUGGGAGGUAUAAUUCUGCUGUCCUUAUUACGUACAGCGUGGUUUGUGUGACAUUCCUGAUUCUUGGUUUUCUUCUUAUAGAAGAGUCUGUUGCUCUUUUGUAUAACAUGUUUUAAUAAAUGUUAUCGGUAUUUUG